AUGAUGCUCGUCUUUUUACUUACUUUAGUCGCAUCACAAAUGUUUCAACAAUAUGAAGGAGGCACUCCAGCGACGCCUGAAGAACGUGUCGAAAUAAUCAAACAAGCAGCGACUUCGAUAUUUCAGACGUAUCCGAAGGAAGAGGAAGUAUUCAAAUUUUUGGAAGUGAAAAAACAGAACAUGACACGUGACUAUUUGGUCGCUGCGAAAGAACGUCUCGUAAAUUACACAGCGAUCGAUUUGGAUGUCGUUACGAAGAAAAUGGGAAGCAAAGGAUGCCCCAAUGGACUCAGUCAAAAAACACGAAAUAAACUUGCUGGUAUCAAGCACGCAAUUCUCAGCAAAUCAAAGAAGAAACUUGACCCGAAAAAGACCAAAGUUACUAUUGACAAGAAGACUGGCGAGCUCAAAGUAAAAGGUGGCUCUGAUGUGCUCCUCAGAAACGCAAAUAGCAAAAUCGACGAGCUUGAAAUCAAAAUCAACAACAUCGAACAAAUCAAGACGAUGGCGAAAGUGAAGUUCUUAGACUCCAGACUCACUGCUAACCUCUUUAGAAGAAGGUCUGAAGAUAGAUACUUCAAGGGACAAGACGAGGAUAAGAGUGAUCUUGAAAGAGAACUGAGCGGUGUUAUUGCGAAGCUUGAUGUCGAGGGUGUAGUGGAAGCUUUUAAAUCCGCUGCCCAAGGUAUUGAAAUUAUGGUGAAGGAACAGAACACAACGACGUGUAAAGCAAUCGAUGAAUAUCAUCAGAGUUAUCGAAAGAGCAUCGAGAAGAAAAGUUUCAAACGCUGUUGA